AUGCCGCGGGCUGCCUAUAUGCGCCGCGGGCUCGCAGGAUUGCGGCGGUGGCUGAGCGUCGCCGAUUCGAAGGACGGGCGGCACUGUAGGCAGGAGAUAGAUGCGCUGCUGAUUGCGAAUGGCCCGAGCUUCGACUUCGUUCUUCUCCGCGAACGCUUCCUUUUCUCACCUAUUUUUUACAGUCGCCCUUCUGCGGAUCGCCGCGUGCAUGACGUAGCUCGCGCAUUUCCGGUGGCUGCAAAUGUCGGUAUGAUCUCGCAAAGGCGAAGGCGGGUUGGGGAGACUUGCGAUCGAGGAGGACCGCCUCACCGGUAUACGGACUGUGAAGCCCAUGCCGCCCGCUAUCGAUCUCUGUACUUGCAACGAUCUCUUUUGAACGCGUUCUCUUUCGGCUUCUUCCAGACCUCAAGUCACACCUCGGCCUGUAACUACUCCUGUCGGUCCUGUUGCACACUCCACGGCGGCCGAGUUCAGCCUCAGCGUGUCAGUGCUUCUACUACUAAGGACCCGUCUAUGCCUCUUCGCCAAAUCUAA